GUCGUCGUCCCCCUCAGCGCCGCAUCGGCUCUCAGUCGCUGCUACGCCUCGUAAGGCCUAGGCUGCCUUGCUUGGUACAGGAACCUUAACCUCUCAGUUCCGCUCCUCUCGGUCGCCGAUGGCCUGGUCACGGUCUCCGUCCGACUGCCUGUCCUCCUCGUACUCCCGGCGAGACUCGAACAGACAACACUCGCACAUAGAACAGAAACUGGCAUUCUCAACCUCCCGAAGAUGGACGCACUGUUAAACUCCCUUCUUUCAGCCUCGAAACGUACACCAGGCGGUCGACAUCCCGAAGAAUCAAACGCAGCUUCGUCAGAAUGGUCGCACCAGUUAUGCCGGGCGAUGGACCGCCCAUCUCUGAAGACUAGAUACUACCACGGCACCGUAUGGGGUUACAAACGGUAUGCGCCAGGAGUCAAUAUCCCAAGCUCAACGCGCGAUGAACCGACCUUGCAUGUCCGUCUGCUCACAAUACCGCUUGCCUGGGAUAUCCAGGACCUGGCCCCGCCAGGUGGGCUUCUACGCUUAGUCUUGGCUCACCCUCUCCGCCUCUUACGCCGUGCUCCGCGAGCUCUCGCUCAACCUCAUGCUCGUCUCGUAUAUAUGCGGAAUAUGCAGGUACACGCGGUGUUGCUGUCCACCCGCCAACGCCCCACGACUUCACUCGCAACAUACACCGUGAUCCUUGUACACAUACUGCGUAUCCCGCCUACGUAGACCGUAACACCACCGUCACGCGCAGCUCCUAUUCAGAGAACAUUCGAACCCGUUCCAGCAUGUGCGGCCAUCCUCAAACAGGCUUAUACCUUCGCCCACCGGCACCGUGCUGAGCGCUGAGGUCUUCCGACCU